GGGAGUUUGCCCCUUUUUGUAGCUCAGUAACACAAACAGGUGUUGCCACAUGUCCAACAUCUAAUUAGCACCAUUUUGGUACAGACUCUCAUCGUCCAUAAAUUUUAAAUAGCAUGAGGUCAACAUCUUUGUAUUUUUUUUUCUUCUUCAUCUUGGCAAGUGUAUCGCGUUAGUCUGCACCAUUUUCCCUACCAGUUGCACUUUUCACAGCAUGGGUUUUGACUUUAAUGGCCUCCUUUGCACCCCCGAGUUCUCUUUUACUGGCUGCUUUUUGUUUUUAAUUGUUGCCACAGGCCUCGUGUUUCAAAAUGUACAGUAUUGACAAAAAGGGAGGCGCGCUAGAUGAUUUGGUCCUCCAAAUGAGGGAGGGCUCCUAUUGGAUAGCCGCUGCAGAUUCAGGAUGACCCUGACUCACUAUUUAACCUGCUGGGCACAGUCCAAGCGGUGAGGACAGCUUCCUGAACCAGGGGUCCAAAUGAUUUCCUUAUUGUGUUUUUGGGGGGCAUUUAGCUGUCUAACAUGGCUUCCAGGCUUUCUGGAGGCCAAAUCCUUGCUUAGUGCUAUCCAGCAGGAAGGGAUGGUUCCCGUCGGUGACGUCGCCAUUGAUCAGCAGAGGGCCAACGACUUCCUGAGCCACUCCAGGCCCAAGAGGAACGUGGACCCCAAAUGGUACCGAGGCAACCCGGACUUCCAGGCCUACUACCGCUACUACAGUAGCAUCGGACACACCGAGGGGCUGUAUGAGAUCGACAAGUUGAGGAUGUUGUACCAGCAAAUGAGGCACCUGGAACACACGUACGGCCCCAACGCCUCAUACUUUCAGAACAAGCUGGGGGUCCCUCAAAUCAUGUGCGACCCCACCACAGACAAGAAGUGCAAAGUUGUUGCUCCACCUCCACCGCCAAUGAAAGGUGUCCCCAAGGCCACGGAGGCGCCCGCCACCGCACCCCCUCCCCUUCCCCGCGCCCCCGCCAUCGCCCAGGCGGAUGUGCUCUACCUGUGCAACAUCAAGGACCCCCAAUGCAAACCCCACAUCGUCUACCUGCCCGCCGGCGCCGUGCCCGUCCUCUGCGACCCCCGCUACCACCCCCACUGCGCUCCCCAGAAGGCUCCGCCGGCCCCCGUGCCUCAGCAGCUGCCACCACCGCCCCCUGCCCCAAAGAAUUUUGUGCCCCCGCCGAUCCUCGUGAAAAAGUCUCCCGCGCCGGCCCCCAUCCGCACAUUCAAGGGCAUGGAGUACGACUGCGACCCCUACUGGGACCCCGACUGCCUCAUCGACGAACCGCCGAGACCCAUCAAGGGCAAAGCUGUGGGACCCCCGCUCCCUCCGCCUGUAAAAGUGGCGAAGGCGGACCCUGUAGAGGAGCCUGCACCUCCUCCACCUCCCAUCCAGAAGAAGGGCCUCCCCUUCCAUUACUACUACCCCCAUAUGCCCUAUGACCCCCGCGAUGAACUGUAUGACCCGGCCCGCUUCCAAUACCCUCAACCCGAAGCACCUGCAGACGAGUCCGAAGAUGAGACCAAGUAAAAACGUCCACCUUUCAAAACGAUCGGACUGUGGUUGAAAACAUUGCACGUUGAUGAUCUUUCCAGCAUUUAUUAAAGGCAGUGAUUCUCAACCGCAUUAUUGCAGGUGUGCGGUGGAAAAUGAUCCAGUUUCACUUGAUUGAUCUGAAAAUUGUAAUUUACAUUUACUACAAACAAUGUAUCUUUUUUUUCAUCUAUCUAUGCUAGUGCCAUAUAGUGGCAAAUGCUCUUCUACUGGAUGGCAGAAGGUCCAAUUAACCUGUGCGGUCGUUGAUUUUCAUACAACAGAAUAACUUUGUGUUCAAGUGAACGGGCACAGAUUUCACACAAAGUGCAUUUGUGAGGCAAUAAUUCAUCAUCAUUGAAGUAAACAUUUGGUGACAUCUUUUGUUUGGUGGUGUGCUGUGAGAUCAUUCCAAUAUAAGGUUGGUUCAAAUAAAGGUUGGGAAAUACUGUU